UGUUCAACCUCUCAUCAUCCUCACUCAUCUUGAGCCACUGCCUCUCCUUCAGAUUUCAUGGCUCUCCUCAUUGCCUUGUUUUUGCCUGUCCUCCUCAAUCUGCUCUCCAUCAAUGCCCAGCCAUCUCCAGGGUACUACCCCAGCUCCUCGGUGAGUCCGAUUAGGUUCACUGACGGUUACACUAACCUCUGGGGGCCUGAGCACCAAACCAUUUCCCCAGAUCAGUAUUCGACCACCAUCUGGCUCGACAGCAAAUCAGGAAGUGGAUUCAAGUCGAUCCAUUCUUACACAAAUGGCUACUUUGGGGCUUCCAUCAAGCUCCAGAGUGGCUACACUGCCGGCACAAACACAGCAUUCUAUCUUUCUAAUAAUCAAGCGUACCCUGGAUUCCAUGACGAGGUGGACAUCGAAUUCUUGGGGAAUAUUGAAGGGAGGCCGUACGUACUGCAGACGAAUGUGUACGUGAGAGGCAGUGGUGAUGGUCGAAUCGUCGGCCGGGAGAUGAGGUUCCACCUCUGGUUCGACCCCACCGCCGAUUUCCACCACUACGCGAUUCUGUGGAAUCCAGAUGAGAUCAUAUUUUUGGUCGACGAUGUGCCGAUACGAAGAUAUGCUCGAAAGAUCGAGAUGACCUUCCCUGAUCGACAAAUGUGGGUGUAUGGCUCCAUAUGGGAUGCAUCAUCUUGGGCCACUGAUAAUGGUCGAUAUAAAACCGACUACAAGUAUCAGCCUUUUGUGGGAAAGUACACAAAUUUCAAAAUAAGUUCCUCUGUGUCUUCAUCGCCGACUGGCAACGGGCUUAGCUCAGCGCAAUAUGCAGCGAUGCAGUGGGUUCAGAGGAAUUACAUGGUGUAUUAUUAUUGCCAAGAUUAUAGUAGGGAUCAUUCUCUUACACCGGAGUGUUAAAAGUAUCUGAAUUAUUACUUAAAUUGUGGCUAGUAUUUAUUUUACUGCUACAUGAUUACAGUUAAGAUGAGUCGCCCUUCUACUAUAUAAUGUGUUUGUAGUUGAGGCGUUUACUAGCAUGUCAUUUUCUUUUAUUAAAAAAGCAAGAAAUAUGAGUAUUCUUGUACUCAAUGUGUGUACACUUAUGAAAAUGUAUUAAUUAUUUGUUAAAGAAUGUUAGCUUUUUCUUUAUUUUA